GGCAUGCGCGGCAAAGAUUGACUUCCUGUCAAGAUGGCGCUGGCCAGAGGGUUAACGGGUGUGUGGAGGACAUGCAGCGGCGCGUUAGCCCGGCACCCUCUCCUCUCUGGCUCCGUCCGAGCACAGGGCUCUGUUAGCGGGGAGGUGCUGCCUCAAACCUCGCUGACCUCUCCCCCGUGGGCGAAGGACAUAAUCCACGUGUCCCCGGAGGAGGAGCGGCGCCGACAUGCCGCGGUGGUGAGCACCGUGCAGCAGCUGGUCCAGGGGCAAGACUUCGGCCGGCUGUUCGCAGUGGUGCACUUCGCGAGCCGCCAGUGGAAAGUCACCAACGAGGACUUGAUCCUGAUCGAGAACCAUAUCGAUGCGGAGUGCGGGGAGCGGAUCCGGAUGGAGAAGGUGCUGCUGGUCGGGGCGGAGGACUUCACCCUGGUCGGUAGGCCUCUGCUGGCAAAGGAUCUAGUCCGGGUCGAAGCCACCGUGAUCGAAAAAACCGAGUCGUGGCCCAAAAUGAACAUGCGAUUCUGGAAGAGACAUCGGUUCCAGCGCAAGAAAGUCAUCAUCCAGCCGCAGACGGUGUUGAGGAUCAACACCAUCGAGCUCUGCCCCAGACUCUGCUGAUGGACUGGACCUGGGUCAGAGCAGACCUCCUUCACUCUGCUGAUGGACUGGACCUGGGUCAGAGCAGACCUCCUCCAUUCUCCUGCUGCAAAUAAACUCAGAGCACGAGUCCGUUUUAUUAAACAUGGAGUGUUUCAGGAUCGCAGGUCCUCCAAACAUCUGGAUUUCUAACAGACGGAGUGAUGUUUCUGUCUGUGUCCGUGUAGAUCUCAUGAAACAGCUGAUUUCAAUAAAAGUUUUCUUUGGGUUUACAUCUACAGCUGGUAAACUGGAGUCAACCUGAUUCAAGAUGGCCGCCAUAACUUGUCAACCUCAAGCAUAAAUAAAUAAAUAGCUGCAAGUCAGAUAUGAGCUAAAGUUUGGCGGGUCGCAGCCGAAAUGGACCCAACGAAGAGCUCGUCACAUAAAAUGAUGCAAAAUGUUUUCAAGGUUUAACAAAUGUCUUGAACUCAUUUCUUGUAAGAGCUUACAUUCAAACUGCAGGUUCAUUUUGUUUGCAGCAGAAUAAAAAAUAACCCUUGAAUUGAAAACAUGAACUUCAAGACUACACAUGGAAAAUGUCUCUUUAGUCACAUUUAUCAUUGAUUUAACAUUUUCACACUUAAAAUCUAUUUUCAAAAAUCAACAGCGAGCCUUAUAAUCUUUAAUGCUCCUUAUAGUCUGUAAAAUACGGUACCUUCUGAGGAAAAUAAAAAUCA